CCGGCUCCGCGGUGAGGAGGCGCCUGAGCGCGGCAGCAUCUUCCCUUGGCUCCCUGGAGCGGGGGGAGGAGCCGGGGCCGCCGCCGCCUGCGGGGAAGGAAGGGGGACACAAAUACAAAUCCAUAUGGAGGAUGAACCUCCUCCUCAAGGAGUCAGUGCCAAGGCCUUGGAGGCAACACUGUUGUCAGCCCUGAAGAUGCUGGAUGUUGGGAAAUGGCCGAUCUUUUCUCUCUGUUCCCCAGAAGAGCUCAAGUUAAUUCGCCAAGCCUGUGUAUUUGGCAGUGCUGGUAAUGAAGUGUUGUAUGCAACUGAGAAUGAUGAGGUUUUUGUGCUUGGCAUGAACUGCAGUGGCUGUUUGGGAACAGGAGACAUGCAGAGCACUAUAGAACCAAGGAGGUUAGAUUCCCUGUGUGGCAAAAAGAUAGCCUGCCUGAGUUAUGGAAGUGGCCCUCAUGUUGUUCUUGCUACAGAAGAAGGAGAAGUGUAUACAUGGGGUCAUAAUGCUUAUAGUCAGCUGGGCAAUGGUACAACAAAUCAUGGUUUCAUUCCCUGUCAAGUCUCUACUAACCUGGUGAACAAGAAAGUCAUUGAAGUUGCAUGUGGCUCUCACCAUUCUAUGGUGUUAACAUCUGACGGAGAGGUAUACACAUGGGGUUAUAAUAACUCGGGCCAGGUUGGAUCUGGUUCAACAGCAAAUCAACCAAUUCCUCGAAGAGUUACCAGCUGUCUGCAGAAUAAAAUAGUAAUUAAUAUAGCUUGUGGACAGAUGUGCUCUAUGGCUGUGGUGGAAAAUGGAGAGGUCUAUGUCUGGGGGUACAAUGGGAAUGGCCAGCUGGGGCUGGGCAGCAGCGGCAACCAGCCCACGCCGUGCCGGAUCGCAGCCCUGCAGGGCAUUCGUGUGCAGCGGGUUGCCUGUGGCUAUGCACAUACAUUAGUGCUAACAGAUGAAGGUCAGAUAUAUGCCUGGGGAGCCAAUUCAUACGGCCAGUUAGGUACUGGGAAUAAAAGUAACCAGUCUUACCCUACAACAGUUAUUGUGGAUAAGGACAGAGUUAUAGAGAUCGCAGCCUGCCACUCUGCGCACACGUCGGCUGCCAAGACGCAGAGUGGCCAGGUGUACAUGUGGGGCCAGUGCCGGGGCCAGUCCGUGACCUUCCCCCACCUCACCCACUUUGCCUGCACUGACGAUGUGUUCGCCUGCUUCGCCACCCCCGCCGUCAUGUGGCGCCUGCUCUCCGUAGAGCCUGAUGACCAUCUGACAGUAGCCCAGUCACUAAAGAAGGAAUUUGACAACCCUGAAACUGCAGACCUGAAGUUCCUAGUGGAUGGAAAAUACAUUCAUGUUCAUAAAGUUCUUCUCAAAAUUAGGUGUGAACAUUUUCGCUCCAUACUCAAUAAUGAUGAUGAAAUUAUAGAAAUGAGUGAAUUUUCUUAUCCUGUUUACCGAGCCUUCCUGGAAUACCUGUAUACAGACAACAUUAGGCUCCCUCCUGAAGAUGCAAUAGGGCUGCUAGAUUUGGCAACACUGUAUAGAGAAAACAGACUGAAAAAGCUUUGCCAGCAAACGAUCAAACAAGGCAUUUGUGAAGAGAAUGCCAUUGCUCUUCUUUCUGCUGCUGUCAAGUACGAAGCUCAGGACUUGGAAGAAUUUUGCUUCAGAUUUUGCAUAAACCAUUUGACUGUUGUUACACAAACUCAAGGCUUUGCAGAAAUGGACCAUGACCUCCUGAAAAACUUCAUUAGCAAAGCCAGCAGAGUGGGAGCAUUCCGAAAUUGAGGUCUGACUACUACCAAGCUGAAGAGCGUGUCCUCUUCCUUCCUGGAAAUACUUCUCCUUUGGAGAACUUCUCCAUGGUCAGAAUGUGCAAUGCUUUGGAAGGAAAGUCUUGGUGUCCAUCAGCUUAGGGAGUGUGUGGAAGUCCACUAACGUUGGCUUUGUAAGGACGGCUACAGUGUAGGUGUGUGGUGACUGUUGAUUGCCAACAGCCAGAAUUUAACACAAAAAUCUAAUGUAGUAACUACCCUUUCCCUCUCAAGCAAACUAAGCUUGUCAUUAUCUAGUCUGUCUAAUUUUUAAAUUUUUUUUAAACAGUCUGUGUUUGGAUUUUAUGGGACAGUGACCUGUUUGCUGCUAAAACUUCCAUGGUGUCCUUUUGUCUCAAAACUCAGUUAAUAUGCCAUAGUGGGCUUCUUUUUGUCUGGUUAUAAUUCAGUGAAGAUACACACUUGUUUUUCUGGACGUGUGGUAAAACAACAUAAGUUCUUUAGGGUGAGAGGCUUUUUGAUUUGUAGGAGGAUAUGUCUCACUUGGUGGUUGUUUGGAGUUUAUUUAUGAGGAGCUUCAGCAGGGUAUUACACUUCUGAGUUCCCAGUACCUGUCUCAUAUUUUAGCCAGAAUGAAAAGAAUCUCCCUUUCCAUUAUACCAGGCAUGGUCCCUGGCACCCCAAUGGAAGCACUCACCAAGUUUGUCUGGAUGUGAAUUGUCAUGCUGUGAGUUUUGCUACUAAGAAAACCACCUAGUUACAAACCCAAACAAGAUUUCAAAAAAAGGAAGUUCUGGUUGAGGCUUAUUUAUUCCUGUCUUACUAUCUCUCAGACAGAUCAACUUCAGAAAAAUGGAGAAAAGGGUGAUUUUGAAGUGGUAACUUCAAAUUAAUUGAAUUCAUAAGAGUGAACUGACACUAUAUUCCAGAUGGUGAUAAAGGCACCUUGUCCAGCGUUUCAGAUUCUCCUAUGGUCAGAGCUGUGAGGUGCCCAUACCACUUUCCUUUCAGGGCUGUUCAGGAGAGAGGAGGUGCCCUCUGGAUACGCCUCUCUCCCAGCACUGAUCAUCGGUGGCUAAGGUAGAGGAGAUGCUUCAUUUCUAACUGGCUGCAGCGAGGUAAGGUGAAAACCCCAUCCAGUGCUGCACGGAGGGGGGUCUGCCCCAUUACAGAAGGUGGGGAGGAGCUCAUGGAGCAUUUACUUCAAUUUUCUAACAGGUAACUAUGAAUUCACCCUGAGAAUUUCUCUUAAAGUUCUGACUGCGUGAAGUGACUUCAAGUGCCUUUUGCAGUAUUUUAUGGGAAAGACAAAAAGCUGGGUGCCAUGCUCAGUACACUAAUUAUAUAAGUAGUCAUGCAACCUUUCUGCAGGUCCCUGCUGUGCCACAGCAUCCUUCAAUGACUUUUUCUAAUCCUCAAAUGUGGUCGCUAAGAACUUAAUUCCCUUAAAUUAUCACAUCCUCAUGUCUAAGGUAGAAAUAGCUGUUCCUUACUAUAUUGGAGGCUCAUUUCUCAAACAAUCCUGUUCUUUGAGGAAGAGUAGGAGGAAAAGGAGCAGAAAAGCAGUAGUGAGUAGUGCCCUCCCCCUUCACCCCAGACCCUGUGGGUGUGAGUGGAAAGGUGAAGCACACAGGCAGCAGAAUUUACUUAGGAGGAGGGUGAUGAGCAAAUAUUUUGGAAAAUGCUGUGGUAAACAUUUACUUGUGUUUGAGACAUUUGCCUCAGACUCUCACUAGAAAUAUACUGGAUCAUCUACUGCUAACAAGCACAUUCUGCCACCCCCUCAGUGAUGAGUACGACUUCCUCCAGCAGCAUUAAGGCUGUUCUUAGCAGCUGUGUCAGUAUUUUGUAUUCAAACAGAAGUGGUCAAAACCUUUCCAGUACAUAAUGCAGAUUCAUCAAAACCACAACGUUCCUGGGGGAGGAGAUGAGUUUUGGUAAGUUUGUGUUGAGAAGCACUUGACACCAGCACCCAGAUAGAGGUUACUGCAGACAGUAAAACAGGGUCCUGGUAGGGCACAGCUUUACCACAAACCCUCUGUGCUCUAGCCCAGCCCUGGUCAUACCAAAGCAUGGACACGAGGAAUUCUAUGUCAGCCAAGGCUGCAUAUCGCUGGUUAAGCCUGGGAUGCCAGAUUCACCUGCCAGCAUUUCCUUAAGAGUAGCAGUCCAUGGAAUGAGGGUGUACAACCACAUCCCAGCCUUGGGGCAGCAGCUGGCACCAGCCCCUGUCACGCUCCGAUGGCAUCACACUGGCACACAUCCAGUCUCACUGGGAAAUGGAACCAGCUGGGCACCUACACCCCUGGUACUGGCUUGUCAGUGGUCACUCCAGCUUUCCUACAGCAUGUGGUACAAAACGUCUCUCCACACAUUUCUGUUUUACUCAAAAGAAUCAAACAAAAAACUAUAAAUGUGAAAUGAUGAGGGGUUUUUGACUCAACAUCUGAUAAGAAACCUUAUCUGGCUCCCUGGAGGCACUACUGCAUGGAAUGAUAGCACUGGAGAGGGACACCACUCUCCAGUAUUGCCUCAAGUUCAUAAAGUAGUUGAACAGUUAACUGCAGCUGAGAUGGCAUGCUGCUUGGAACAAGGCAUUUUUGGCUUAAUAUAACCAAGUGCCAUUUUUUUUCCAAUUUAUUUCCUUGCUGCUCAUAACUUCCAACUAACCAUACACAUUAAAGCCUACUUGCACUUUCAGAAUAAUUGACAAAGCCUGUAAUUUUGAGAAAAGGCAUCUCUGGACUGAGUGAGGGUGAGUCUAAAGAUCCAGUGUGUCAGCAUUGGCUUUUAUUCUGUCAGCUGACCUGGAUGUAAUAGUGUUACAUUCAUAGAAACAUUUAUUUAUUUAGUUUUUUAAUUUUCGUUGCAUGCAUUUUCAGGUCAAUGUUCAAAAAAAAAAGUCCUAACUGGCUUAGGUGGUUAAAUGUGUGUGCAUGGAUGUAAAUAUGUGCUUGAAACCCAACCAUGGGACAUUUCAGAAGAAAUUAGGGAUGCAUUUUACUGUUGUGAGAUAGUCUGCAACCACCUUGUUUGUGGAUCUUGCAGGUUAAAUACUUAAUAAAGUAUUGUUCUGUUUUAGGAUACCACAGGCAAAAGGUAUUUAUUAAAAAGUGAAAAUAUGGUCAAGCAUAAACUGUGUCUGGGGUUUAAAUAAAGAGCAAUGUUCCACUUUCCAGAAAGGAGUCUGGAGAGACAAAGAAAUUAGAUGGGUAGGGUCAUUUAAAGGUUCUCCUAAGUUACUGAAGCUAAAAGCCAGCACUGCAUUGUCAUCUAGUACACACCUGUAGAGUUUUGUUACAAUGCUUGGUAACUAUGUAAACUGCUGUUUUUAUAUGAUCUGAACAAUGUCCCUGGGCUUUCCUUGUAAAACAAAGCAUUUAUUUGCCCCAUAGAGGCAGGAUUCAUUGGCUACCACCCAAUGAUGUAGAAAGUUUACAGCCUGAACAUAAAUGAUUUUUUGUUUCUUUACAAACUUACCCGGUUUAAUAGACCAUUAAUAAAAAUGUCAUAAUAUUUAAAACAGUA